AUGGAAUCGGAGUGCAAUCAAUACUCGACUGGAGUUAACAAGAAGGAUGUUCAGCACAAAGACACUGGAAAAUUGGCCAUCCACAACACGAGGUACCGCCGCUGGCUGUCCCUACUUGCAUUGAAAACCACGGCAAGAUUUUACACAUCGAUGGGCUCCUGUGUCCCAAUCACAAGAAAUAAGAUAGUCAAGACCGGUCCAUACGUUCACCUGACUGAAGCCGCAACUAUCGAAUUUAUCGCCCAGAAUACCUCUAUCCCAGUGCCUAGGAUAUACUGCUCUUUUGUCCAUAAGAAUCGUGCUUAUAUUGUCAUGAGAAGGAUUCGAGGCAAGGACAUACCAACAGCAUGGCAGAAAUUGUCGGAACAGUCUCGCCAGAGAGUCUUUGAUCAAUUGAGGAGUAUGAUACAAGAGAUGCGCUUACUACAGCCGCCGCCGGGGACGGGGGUUGAGAGCUGCGUUGGCGGUUCAUUGCGCGACUCUCGAAUCCCUCGCUCGAAUCCCCGUUUUGGUCCGUUCAAAACGAUCCAAGAGUUCCACCUUUGGCUGAGAGAGGGGUUUCAGCCAUCCCGAAUCGAAGGUCGAGAAAGCGACUCAGACUGGCAGGACAUUCGAGAUAUGGCAGCCGCCCAGGACAAGUCAUGGCCACCCCCAGUUUUUACACAUGCUGAUUUGAAUCCAUUCAAUAUUCUCAUCAGUGGAGAUCAAGUUGUCGGCCUAGUGGACUGGGAAUUAGCCGGAUGGUACCCAAAUUAUUGGGAGUAUACCUCCGCGUGGCUUGGUAAUAUAACGAGAACAGAAUGGCAGAAUGCUAUUGACAAGCUCCUUGAACCGUUUCCUGAGGAGCUGAAGAUGGAGACUAUCCGUCAAAAAUGGUGGGUUGAAUUCUAA